AUGUUGACCUUCUUGCUCAAAGCCUUUUCAAAUGUAUCUGCCUGGAAUGCAAGCAACGCUGGGGUUGGCCAGGACCAGCUGGCAGAUAGGUGGUGGAGUCCUGGAGAAGAUCAUGCGCUUAAAAUUGGAAUCAUCACUGCCCUUGGUUGUCUGAUAAUCUUGGGGAAUUCAUUUGUUCUCUUUGUCAUUGCAUCCUCUGUGUCUGGAUGGUCUCGCAACAGCCGCUACAUCCUAAUUUCCUUGACUGGCACAGAUGUCACAUUGGCCUUGAUUGUGGUUCCUCUCAAUCUGUAUGGAAGCUUAGCCCUGGAACCUGGGGAAGAAGAUGAGGGUGAAUCACCUAUUGGACCCUACUGCCACAUAGUGGCCUUCAUCAAUUCCUCAGUGUUUGCCUCUUCUAUUUACUCUUUGGCUACCAUCAGCCUGGAGCGUUACAUUGCAGUAUUUUUUCCACUGCACUAUAACAGGGUAAUGAGCCGUCGUCGGGUCAAAAUCCUUAUUGCUGCAGCUUGGCUAUUGCCACCCAUUUUUCUCUUUCCAAUCUCUAUCCCUGGUGGGACAGUCAUACGUGUCUAUUUCUCUCGAGCCUCACUUAUCUGUAAUCCAGACUAUGCCAGUAAUAUGGGUUACUCCCUGCUCCUAACAACUGUGAUAUUUUUUCCCUGCUCUGCUAUCGUCACUUUUGCUAAUCUAAGACUUUGGCUAGUGGCGAGAAGGCAGAGCAGGAGGAUGAGCGUAGGCUGGGCUGGGAGAACACAAACCAUAGACGUACCGACAGUAUGUAGCAGAGUAACUCAAAGCAGCAUAAAAAGAACCACCGGAAAUAUGUGCACAGUCAAGGAGUUUAGAGACAAAGGUCCACGCAGGGGAGAUCCAGCCUCCAGGGUAUUGGUUCCUGUGGUCAUUGUUUUCUACAUGUGUUGGACUCCAUGCAUGGUGACUAUCCUUUAUAAUGCCAUUACUCGGGAGAGGGUACAAGAAUGGGUGGAGUUUGUGGCAUUGUGGCUUCCAAGCGGCAAUGGCUUCCUGAACUGCUUUGUGUACUUCUGGAUCAACAAGAGCUUCCGACAAAAAUUCCGGCAGUUGGGGCGUAAAUUGUGCCUGUGGGGUUGUAGCCACUCCCAAACGAAACCCCCAAAACAUUCUGCCACCACUGUGUACCAACUAAACUGUAUGAACAACAGUCCAGUGGCAGCCUUGCAGGAAAGGUCGUGUAGCAUGACCUCUACAUGCAUGCUUCUUCCACAGCCAGCAGGGGAAACUAUUUUAUGA